ACAGGGGCCACUCACAGCCUACAUCUGACCUGGACUGAUAUGUGGAUGAGAGAGAAGAUUGGCUCCAAUCCUGGGAAAUAAACCGAUGAGUAGGACAGGGAAGAGGAAGCACUGCCCUGAUUUCAGCAGGAGUGGCAGCCUCUCGCCCAAACGAAGUGUUCACUCCUGAGAAAAGCAAAGGAUUAAGCUAAUGCUCCAAUCUUUAACAAGGCCGCUACUUCAGGGCUACUGAUAUUUUGAUCAAAGCAGACCUCACCGAAGUCAGAGCCAAGACGUUACCACCAAGCAGUCCAAGAGACUCACAAGCAAAGCUGGAGGUGAGACCUGAAGAAAGCUGGGACCAUGCUGACCUCAUGCAAUGCAAUGAAACAGACUCCACUUCUGGAAAUUCCACCACCAAUGCAGAUGAGGAAGAUGAGGGUCCCCAGAUCUGCCGUGUAUGUGGGGACAAGGCCACUGGUUAUCAUUUCAAUGUUAUGACAUGUGAAGGAUGCAAGGGCUUUUUCAGGAGGGCCAUCAAACGCAAUGCCCGGCCCCGGUGCCUCUUCCGGAAGGGCGCCUGCGAGAUCACCCGGAAGACUCGGCGGCAGUGCCAGGCCUGCCGCCUCCGCAAGUGUCUGGAAAGCGGCAUGAGGAAGGAAAGUGAGCAGCAUACGACAUGGACAGGCGUGGGCUCCAGAGCCGCAAUACUGGUGAUCAUGUCAGAUGCAGCUGUGGAGCAGAGGCGGGCCUUGAUCAGGAGGAAGAAACGAGAACAGAUCGGGGCUCAGCCCCCAGGAGCCAAGGGUCUCACUGAAGAGCAGCGGACAAUGAUCAGUGAGCUGAUGAACGCUCAGAUGAAAACCUUUGACACCACCUUCACACAUUUCAAGAAUUUUCGGUUACCAGAGGUGCUUAGCAGUAGCCUCGAGAUUCCAGAGUGUCUGCAGACUCCGUCGUCAAGGGAAGAAGCUGCCAAGUGGAGCAAGCUCAGGGAAGAUCUGUGCUCAGUGAAACUCUCUCUGCAGCUAAGGGGGGAAGAUGGUAGCGUCUGGAACUACAAACCCCCAGCAGACAACAGUGGGAAAGAGAUCUUUUCCCUGCUGCCCCACAUAGCUGACAUGUCAACCUACAUGUUCAAAGGCAUUAUCAACUUUGCCAAAGUCAUCUCCUACUUCAGGGACUUGCCCAUUGAGGACCAGAUCUCUCUGCUGAAGGGGGCCACCUUUGAGCUGUGCCAGCUGAGAUUCAACACGGUGUUCAACGCAGAGACGGGGACCUGGGAGUGUGGUCGGCUGUCCUACAGCUUGGAAGACCCCUCAGGUGGCUUCCAGCAGCUUCUCCUGCAGCCCAUGCUGAAAUUCCACUACAUGCUGAAGAAGCUGCAGCUGCAUAAGGAGGAGUAUGUGCUGAUGCAGGCCAUCUCCCUUUUCUCUCCAGACCGCCCGGGUGUGGUGCAACGCCAAGUGGUGGACCAGCUGCAGGAGAGGUUUGCCAUUACCCUGAAGGCCUACAUCGAGUGCAACCGGCCCCAGCCUGCCCACCGAUUCCUGUUCCUGAAGAUCAUGGCUAUGCUCACUGAGCUCCGCAGCAUCAACGCCCAACACACCCAGCGGCUGCUGCGAAUCCAGGACAUACACCCCUUCGCCACCCCACUCAUGCAGGAGUUAUUCAGCAUCACAGAAAGCUGAACCAGGGCCCUCGGAGUCGCCACUCCUGGAUCUAAACAGAUGGAAGCAACUGACAAUGCCCAAAGGUCCUGCCUCCCCAGGAAACUCAGCCAUGAUGAUGGCUGGCUAGCAUUACUCAGGAAGGGGCCAUAGGUCCCCUCAGCCCCCAGUUCAGUAUGUGGAAAGCCAAGCCCUAGACCACUACGUGGAGAGUAUACUGGCCCAUAGGUCAGUUCCAGGAGCGGCAAGGCCACCUUCCCCUUAGAAAAAGCCCUGGGUCUGGAGAUUUAGUGUCCUGGUGGAAGAGGGGAAAGGGCACCUGGGGCUGGGCCAUUUGAGGGUCUGUGCUCACAUCCAAGUUCAUUAGCUUCUUGGGUAUUUUCACUGCUAUGCCUAGUACCCCUGUCUCCCACUUGCUCCCCAUUCCCAGCCACAGCCUCCUGCCCUGAGCUGCUCCAUGAACUCCGGGCCUUUUUCCACCAGCAGGUGCAUUAAUGUCUAAGAUAGCCUUCUAGAGAGAGGCCAGAAGGCCCACACCAAAUGUCAAAAGCUUGUCAUUACCUUUCUCCAUGUCUGUCCUUCCUACCUUCUGGGCAUUUCAUUCUGUCUCUGCAUCCAUUAAAACACAUCAUUAAGCACCAACCAUAUGCAACCUGCUGUGCGUAAUAAACGCUGACUCAGACAUGGAUCCUGACCUGCAAGGUCUGUAGUUCAGUAAAGAAAACAAAGCAGAAACACGAAUAAUUUGAUCAAAAGGAAAAGUGAUGUAUGACAUAAGGAGCCCAAGAAAUUGAUUUGCGUGGAUGCUGAACUGUGCUAGGCUUCUGCAUGCACCGGGACACAAGUGAGGGAUCCCUAGAACAUGGCUCGUGGGAGGAAGGGUACUAGCUGCUGUGUGCAUGUGUGUUCCUUGGUGCAGGUCUGCUCCACAACUGAACUGGGGCUGGGUUGCUCACGAGGCUGGAAUACUGGGACUACACAGUCCACAGUUAAUAAACAUGUUCCUGUUUACACAUCUAUUUUCAAAGCUAAAGAGUAUGAAAGCAUCUGUUUUGUUUGUUGCUAUUUUGAGUAAAAAUGUUUUUGCAUUUUUCACAAAUUACAUUUUAACUAACUUUACCUGGGCAUCCCAUAAGAACUAGACCUAGCAAAUACGUUUCAGUGGUUAACAUCGAAUCAAGACAAGAAGACUUAGUUAACUUUUGGCUAGAGAUUUAAAAAAAAAUUUUUUUUACCUUCCUUUCUGGGGAAAAAAGAAAUGUGGGGUGGGUAAAUAGAAAUAUCAUAUAUACAUAUAUAUUUCUAAUUUUUAAUACUUGUUUUACUUUUGCCCUCUACAUAUCUGAAGACUGUUGAUGUGUGAACCAACAGUUCUUCUAAUAAAUGCAUUAUUUAA